ACAGGGAAAGGAAAGGAAUCCCUGGAGAUCUUCCUUCCUCUGAAUUCCACAAAAAAAAAAAAAAAAAAAAAUCCAUGUUUUCUUUACUCCUCGCAAUUUAAUAACUCAAUUUGUUCUUUCCUUAAAAAUAAUGGAAUCAUUAUGGGUUCUACCGGUGUAUUGAAAAGGCUGUGUAGGGUAAGAGUAAUUGUGGAAUUUAUUAUUAUGUCCUGUGUUCUUUCUGGUUUCCCUCGCCGUUUCUCUUCUGUUUUCUCUCUCAAUCUCUCCCACAACUUUCAGCUUCCUAUCACAAAAAGGGUUUUGUGAUAUGUGAAUAUGGAGAAGAAGGUGGAUUCUAAUUCUCCUACAGGAGUUCUUGAGGACUAUUUUAGGAGCGAAGACUUCGAAACAAGUUCUUCGAAAGAUCGAUCCUCCUCCUCAUACUCAAAAGCUGAAAAUAAAUCAAAACAUGCGUCUAGAUGGCGAGGUUUCAUGCAAUUAUUGAGAGGUGGAACAAAGAAAUCUGUUGGAUCUUUACAAUCUCUCAGUGUCCUCAAACUCUUAUCAAUCACGAGGAGCAGUAGUAUGAGAGAAAAUGUUGUGGUGGCACCUGAUCUUUUUGCUAAAACCAAUAUGUGUAACUCCAAGUCUGGCAGUAGAAAUUUCACUCUAUCAGAGCUUCAAGCUGCAACCAACAAUUUCAAUCCAGAGAAUAUGAUUGGGAAGGGAGGUUAUGCUGAGGUUUACAUGGGAUGUCUCCAAAAUGGGCAAUAUGUAGCAAUUAAACGGCUAACUAAAGGCACACAGGAUGAGAUGACCGGGGACUUUUUGUCGGAGCUUGGGAUUAUGGCACAUGUGAACCAUCCUAAUACAGCUAAGUUAAUUGGUUAUGGCAUUGAAGGAGGAAUGCAUUUAGUCCUUGAAUUGUCUGCUCAUGGAAGCUUAGCUUCAUUGUUGUACGGGUCGAAGGAGAAACUAAAAUGGCAUAUUAGGUAUAAGAUUGCUUUAGGGACGGCAGAGGGUUUAUUAUAUCUUCAUGAGGGUUGUCAAAGGAGGAUUAUCCACAGAGAUAUCAAGGCUGCCAAUAUUUUGCUCACAGAGGAUUUUGAGCCUCAGAUUUGUGAUUUUGGACUCGCGAAAUGGCUACCGGAGCAUUGGACUCACCAUUAUGUUGCCAAAUUUGAAGGCACAUUUGGGUUUGUAAAAACAAGACAUUCCUUCUCUGCUGGUUGCCUCUUUAUAAUAUGUUCCAUUUACGAACUUUUUCACAAUUGCAGUUAUCUUGCUCCUGAGUUCUUAAUGCAUGGCAUAGUAGAUGAAAAGACCGAUGUCUUCGCGUUUGGAGUGCUGCUCCUGGAACUAGCCACUGGUCGCCGAGCUCUAGACUACUCACAACAAAGCCUUGUCCUGUGGGCGAAACCUUUACUGAAGAAGAACGAUAUCAGAGACCUAACCGACCCCUCUCUGGCCAUUAAUGGUAGUUACAAUGCUCGGCAGAUGGGUAUUAUGCUCUUGGUUGCUUCUUUAUGCAUACAACAGUCUCCGAUAAGACGGCCUCAUAUGAGUCAGGUUGUGCAGCUCUUAAAUGGCAACUUAAGCUACUUGAAGACAUCCCAAGUACCAUUUCUCUGCAAAACUUUCCAUGAAGAACUCUCAAGCGCAGAAACACUCAAGAAAUUGAUGAUGAUCACUUGAUUCAUCAUUUCGAUACUGAAAAUCAGUAGCCGAUGAUCAUCGAUACAGACUUUUUUACAACCUUGCUGAACAGCCUCAUACAUACAGUAGCAGCACACAAAUAAUACUUGUAUAGAGCAAAAAGUAUUCCUUUUUUAUAGCAAAACAAAAGCAAAUGAUAGAAUGUUUAUUGUACAAAUAUAGAAGAGCUGGAAAACAGUUACACAAGUAGUUGAGAAAGAAAGAAAUUUUGUGGGACAAAGUUGAAGGAAUGUAUUGCAUUCGAAUUAGACUGUUUUCAGAGAUUUUUUUGAGUCAAAA